AUUUGAUAGCCUAGCCCCUGUGCAGAUUCAGUUUUGAUAAGACAUUCAAUGUUGAUUUUAAUAAAACAUGUAAUUUUUAAUGACAUAAAUUAUCUUCUACUAUUUGAAUAUUUUUCUUCAAUAUGAAUGUUUUAUCACUACGUGUACUUUUAAAUUUAUUUUGAGCAUGUAUUGAAACCAUCUGGUUCCCUUUUGAAACUACAAUGAAUGGUACAGAUUUUUUCAGUUCAGUGAGUUGACAAUGAGCUACUAGAUUGGCAUUGAAACCUACUGAAAUAUGCAAAGGUUUUGAUGAAUGAGCAACCAAUAAUGUCUAUUGAUUAAUCUAGCUCUUGCCGCAUGUCAUAUCGACAAUAUGAGUCACUGGUUAAAGCAGUUUCAUUACUGCAGCAUGUUAAUAUAUUCGAUCAAUAAAAACUGAUGCCAAAUGCAGGAAAAGUGUUCAAAGUAUCGUCGAGAUGAUAAUCGUAGCAUUAGUGACAACGGUUUGCCUUGUUCAUGCUGAUAAUAUAGCAGUUAAGCCAUCUGAUGUGAUCACAAACAUUGGGAAUGAUAUAACACUACCAUGCCAACUUGCAGAAGGAGUAACACAUGAAUAUGUUUCAUGGUAUGAGUUCAAUACGAAGGAGAAUGGAUUCCAAAUAUUUAAAUCCAAUGAACCAGACAGGGUUCAGAACUCAGACAAGUUUGAAGUUGACACCAUUAAAGCGAAGUAUAACUUGAAAAUACUGAAUGUAUCUAUUGAGGAUGCUGGGAAAUACACCUGUCAAACAUUUCUAGAACAACAGCGAUACCCAGCCUAUGUCACUGUUUAUGAGCCACCCUUGUGCGACUAUGUCAGAGCAAGUGGGAGUAGUAUGACAUUAAUGUGUAAUAUCAGAUACACUGGCUUUGCCAAACCAUCAUUGAAAUGGUUCCGGAAUGGCAAGGAGAUGCACUCAAAUAUGGCUUAUGAUAUUGAUGAUCAGAGCGCAACUAUGAAUGUUACGUUUGAUGUCUACCAUGCAGACAUUGGUGUGAACUUUACCUGUCGCGUGAGCAGUACAGACCAGCCUAAAUAUGUCGGGGAUUCAUGUACAACCAUACUGAAUUGGAAUGAUAAUGAAGUAAAGGCUGCAUAUAGACUAUCUGCCGCUGAACUUGUCAUUAGAGAUCAAGGUCUUUUCCUUAUUUCUCUAUUGGUUUUCUUUUGUGCCAUAGGCUAAGGGUUAGACCAUUGCUUGGGGUGCAACCUUUCUAGAAUACCAUGGAUCUGAUUAUUAAUGAAAAAGUGUGACUUGUAAAAUGUGGAAGAUAGAAAAAUCAUCAUGAUUUGUAUGGAAUCUCAAGGUCAAGAUUCAGACCAUCAAAAGAUACAUUGAGUGUAAAAGAUGAGGCUCCCAAGAUCUAUGUUCAGCUCUAAUCAGAACUAGAGGAUGGAGGAGUAUUAAUAAAUGGAACUAGUAUGUACAAUUAUAAUAUGGCUUCAUAAUGUAAAAUAAUUACCACAUUGGAAAUAGCUGCAAUUAUUAUAUGCAUAGUGAUCACUGCGAUUCUCAGAAGUAAUGUACAUAAUUUAUGAUCUGAUGUAUCCAAUAUUUUCCAAUAUGCUCAACACUUACAGAUUGAAUCAAUGAUUAAUAAUAUGAAAACUAAAAACCCAAUGAAUUCAUAUUAAUUUUUAAUCUACAGUGUCUAGGAAAUUUCAAAAUAUAAAUACAUUGUAUAAAUGUACAAAAGUAAAUAUGAUUGAUUUGAUAAAUCCUGCCCUGUAGGCCUACCCCUCUACAGCCAAAAUCAGGAUAUACUGUAUGGUACCAAGGGUGAUAUAUCAUUGGAAAUAUCAUCCAAAGUUACAUUGAUUUGCAUAUAUCUGCUAUCCGUCAAUCAUGUGUCACAGUUGCUGCAUUGUAUCAAUUAAGGUGACCACUGACCUAGAAAUAUGGCAAUUUGGCAUAUUUGGCAGCAGACAAGUCAAAAGAACUCGAGAUGACAACAUUAAUAUGGCAGUGAAUUUAAACAAUUUGUAUGGUUGGAUAUGGUUAGAU